UAGAUGAGUACAUUCUUUUGCAAAUUGGUUUGUGGAAGAGAGGGUGAGAGAGAGUGAGAGAGUGAGAGAUGGAGAGAAAUGAUAUUUUGGAGCCGUUGGUGGAGCAGUCAGCGCCGAAGCAUGACGCCGUAAGCGGGGAGCUGGAGAACAUAUUAUCCGACACACAAUUGCGUUACGUGGUUCGAAUCCGGCGAGCCGCUUGGAUUGAGCUCAAGCUCUUGAGUAAGCUCGCGGCUCCGGCGGUGUUCGUCUAUUUGAUUAACAACUUGAUGUCUAUGUCCACUCGCAUCUUCUCAGGCCAACUUGGUAACCUUCAACUCGCUGCCGCCUCUCUCGGCAACAAUGGAGUUCAAAUUUUUGCUUACGGUCUCAUGUUAGGGAUGGGGAGUGCGGUGGAGACGUUAUGCGGACAAGCAUACGGUGCAGGAAAAUACGAAAUGUUAGGAAUAUACUUACAGAGAUCAACCAUCUUACUAACAAUGGUGGCUUUUCUCUUAACUCUCCUCUACAUAUUCUCAAAACCCAUCUUAUUGUUCUUAGGAGAAUCCCCGGAAAUAGCUUCCUCCGCUGCCAUAUUCGUGUACGGACUAAUCCCACAAAUCUUCGCCUACGCCAUUAACUUUCCAAUACAGAAAUUCCUUCAAUCCCAAAGCGUAGUUCUUCCAAGUGCAUACAUAUCCGCCGCGACGUUGGUGGUUCAUUUGUCUCUCAGUUGGGUUGCGGCUUAUAAACUUGGGCUGGGCCUUUUUGGCGCGUCAUCGGUUCUGAGCCUUUCUUGGUGGAUCAUCGUGACGGCUCAAUUUGUUUACAUUUUGAAAAGUGAAAGGUUUAAGGAGACAUGGAGAGGGUUUAGUUCGGCUGCGUUUUCAGGGCUGCCGGAGUUUUUCAAGUUGUCUGCGGCGUCGGCGAUUAUGCUUUGUUUGGAAACUUGGUAUUUUCAGAUUUUGGUUUUGGUUGCUGGGUUGCUUGAAAAUCCUGAAUUGUCUCUCAACUCUCUCUCCAUAUGCACUACGAUUAAUGGAUUUGCUUUUAUGAUUUGUGUGGGAUUCAACGCAGCUAUUAGUGUGAGAGUUGGAAACGAACUAGGACACAAACAUCCAAAAUCGGCUGCAUUUUCGGUAGUUGUGGUUAUGGUAAUUUCCACCACCAUUUCUAUAAUCAUCGCCUGCAUAGUCCUAGCCUUGCGAAAUGUCAUUAGCUACGUCUUCACCGAAGGUGCCACGGUCGCUGCCGCAGUUUCAGAUCUUUGUCCUUUUCUUGCUAUCACCUUAAUCCUAAAUGGAAUUCAACCUGUUUUAUCAGGUGUGGCUGUGGGAUGCGGAUGGCAAUCUUUCGUUGCAUGCGUGAAUGUGUGUUGCUAUUACUUCGUUGGUUUGCCUUUGGGUGUUCUCUUAGGCUUCUACUUCAAACUUGGAGCCAAGGGCAUAUGGUUAGGGAUGCUUAGUGGCACAGCAAUUCAAACGUGCAUUUUGUCGUGGGUCACAUUUCGAACCGAUUGGAAUAAAGAGGUAGAGGAAGCAGUAAAAAGGAUAAACAAAUGGAACGACACAGAUAAAACAACGAAGAAUAUAAAAAUUGAAGCAUUAAAGUGAGCCUGGUGUGUGAUGAAUCAUUCAAUAAAAACAUGGAUCAUGAUUUGUGUUUUAUUUGUAUUAAGAUUUUUUUUUCUUUAGCAGAAUUUUGGCUUUAAUCCGAUUUAGAUUCGCAAUCAAUAAAUUGACAUUUUAAAAAAUAA